AUGGCUGGAGGUGCCAAGAAACCAGUCAAUAUCUUCCGUUUAAAGAACCUGGGCGAGCCCAGUGAGGUUUUCAACUGGAAACUUUGGUUUGCGGUCAUCUCUUUUGGGUUGAUGGGCGCCGCCCGAGGUGUCGAUGAGGGCCUCAUUUCCGGUGCCUUCAACUCGAAGGAUUUUCAGAAUUACAUCGAUUACAGUUCUUACAGCAAGGUCGAGCAGACCAACAUCAAAGCAAAUGUCUCGGCAAUGGUGCAGAUCGGUUCAGUGGGAGGGGCUCUCUUCGCGUUUCUAGUUUGCGAUCGAAUUGGACGUCUCUGGGCCACGCGUCAACUGUGUGUAUUGUGGAUUGUGGGAAUUGCGAUUUUCAUGGGAAAUAAUGGUAGCCUGGGCGCCGUUUACGCUGGUCGAUUCAUCGCCGGACUCGGCGUGGGACAGACUGUGGUGGUUGCACCAGUCUACCUUGCAGAAAUAGCACCUGCCUCCAUUCGCGGUCUCUGUACCUGUGUCUUUACUGGCUUUGUUUACCUUGGUAUCGUCCUUGCUUAUUUUGCCAACUACGGGUGCCAAGUCAACAUUGGAGACACUACGCACAAGAGAUGGGAAAUUCCCACCAGCCUCCAUGUCAUCUUCGCCGGGUUGAUCUUCCUCCUCUCAUUUCUGCAAUUCGAGUCUCCCAGAUAUCUUGUCAAGCAAGGACAGACAGAAAAAGCAAUUACAAACCUGGCCCGGAUUCGCAACCUACCCCCCGACCACGACUACGUUGUUCGUGAAUUUGCCGCCAUCGAAGCUGCCCAUCAGGCAGAGCUGGAAGCCACCAUGGGCUCCGGUCCUAUUGGCAUCAUCAAGGAAACCUUCCUGGUUCCCUCGAAUCUGUACCGCGUUUAUCUCACCUUCAUGGCCCAGAUCCUAUCCCAAUGGUCCGGUGCCGGAUCAAUCACCGUCUAUGCGACGGAUCUGUUCAAAUUGCUGGGCAUCUCCGGCAACAACGAGAAUCUGUUGGUCACCGCCAUUUUCGGUAUCAUCAAGCUCAUUGCGGCUGUGAUCUGCGCUCUGUUCCUGGUCGACGUAAUCGGACGUAAAAGAGCGUUGCUUCUCGGAAUUACUUUCCAAGCCAUCUCCAUGAUCUACGUGGCUGGAUUCCUCACUGCUGUACCGGAGAUGGGAAUUUCGAGUGACUUCGUACUCCCCGAAAGCCAAAAAGGCGCCAGCAAGGGAGCCAUUGCCAUGAUCUAUAUAUCCGGAGCCGGAUGGGCGCUGGGCUGGAACUCAAUGCAAUAUGUCCUGACUGCUGAAUUGUUCCCCUUGCGCAUUCGGGCUCUGGCUACAUCCAUGGCUAUGACCCUGCACUUUGCCAACCAAUACGGCAACUCGCGUGCGGUACCCAACAUGCUUUUGUCCGUUGCCAAUGGAGGAAUUACCCCCAAAGGUACAUUCUGGUUCUUUAGUGCCGUGACCGUUCUUGGUGGCUUCUGGGUGUGGUUCUCUGUGCCGGAAACUGCUGGUCGCUCUCUCGAGAGCAUGGAUCGACUCUUCGCUCUGCCGUGGUACCAGAUUGGUCGACAUGGUAAUCAGGAUGCUGAAGAGCGGGAUGUGGCGAUGGAUACCAAGAUGGAGAUGGUUGGAACCAGCCAACACGUUGAGAGACAAGAGGCGCCGGAUCGAGUCUAA